ACAGUGUGGAGUCCCCCCUCCUUCCCUCCCGCUCUCUCGCUCGCUCGCUCGCUCGUCGCCUGCGCUGACACUGCGUUCACCGCGCUGGGUUUACCGCGCUGCGUUCGCUCUCUAGCUGUGAGCCUGAGACCCCGCGCCCCUCGUGUGUGUUGGGGGAGGGGGGGGAGGAGGAGUAGGAGGAGGAGGAGCGGAUGCAAGCGAGGGGGUCUGGUUUGAAUGGGCUGGAGGGAAGGCAGAACAAUCAGGCUCAAAGCUGUGCUGAGAAGGAGCCCGCCGACCUCUGGAAGCCGACACCCUAAUCUGGAGCGUACCUUCGUCCCCGGGGCUCGGUCGGCCGCCUCUCUCGAGCCGGAUAUUUCCCCGGGGAACCCGAGGAUCGGCCGUUGGGAUUUCUUCCUUCCUUGUGGUCGCCGCGCCGUUUCUGCGUGCGGAGAGCGAGGGUCCGCCCCCCCCCUCCCAAGCUGACUGGGGUCCACGCUGCCCAUGGAGCUGCAGCGCGCCACCAGCAUGCCGGGACCCCUGUCCCCCGGCCCCGUGGCCGUCCCCGUGCCGGGAUUUUCCGCCCAGGCCGCGUUCAACUACAACCAACUGGAGGGGCGCUUUAAGCAACUACAAGAUGAGCGCGAAGCUGUGCAGAAGAAGACCUUCACCAAAUGGGUGAACUCCCAUUUGGCCCGAGUCUCCUGCCGGAUCACAGACCUGUACAUGGACCUGCGAGAUGGACGCAUGCUCAUCAAGCUGCUGGAGGUCCUGUCGGGGGAGAGGCUGCCGAAGCCCACCAAGGGCCGCAUGCGCAUCCACUGCCUGGAGAACGUGGACAAGGCGCUGCAGUUCCUCAAGGAGCAGAGAGUGCACCUGGAGAACAUGGGCUCUCAUGACAUUGUCGACGGUAACCACAGACUCACGCUGGGCCUCAUCUGGACCAUCAUCCUCAGGUUCCAGAUUCAGGACAUCAGCGUGGAGACCGAAGACAACAAGGAGAAGAAGUCCGCCAAAGAUGCCCUGCUGCUGUGGUGCCAGAUGAAGACCGCAGGGUAUCCCAAUGUAAACAUCCACAACUUCACGACAAGCUGGCGCGAUGGCAUGGCCUUCAACGCCCUCAUUCAUAAACACAGACCAGACCUGAUUGACUUUGAUAAGCUGAAAAAGUCCAAUGCCCACUACAAUCUGCAGAAUGCCUUCAACCUGGCAGAGCAGCACCUGGGGCUCACCAAGCUGUUGGACCCUGAAGAUAUCAGUGUGGACCACCCUGAUGAGAAGUCCAUCAUCACGUACGUGGUCACCUACUACCACUAUUUCUCCAAGAUGAAGGCACUGAAAGUGGAGGGAAAGCGUAUUGGGAAGGUGCUGGACAAUGCAAUUGAGACGGAGAAGAUGAUCGAGAAGUACGAGUCGCUGGCUUCCGAUCUGCUCGAGUGGAUUGAGCAAACCAUUAUCAUCCUAAACAACCGCAAGUUCGCCAACUCGCUUGUGGGAGUGCAGCAGCAGCUGCAGGCUUUCAACACGUACCGAACCGUGGAGAAGCCCCCCAAGUUCACAGAGAAGGGUAACCUGGAGGUCCUUCUCUUCACCAUUCAGAGCAAGAUGAGGGCCAACAACCAGAAGGUCUACAUGCCUCGGGAGGGCAAGCUCAUCUCCGAUAUCAACAAGGCCUGGGAGCGACUGGAGAAGGCGGAACACGAGCGAGAGCUGGCCCUGCGUACUGAGCUGAUCCGCCAGGAGAAGCUGGAGCAGUUGGCUCGCCGCUUUGACCGCAAGGCAGCCAUGAGGGAGACCUGGCUGAGCGAGAACCAGCGCCUGGUGUCACAGGACAACUUUGGCUUUGACCUUCAGGCGGUAGAAGCAGCGACCAAGAAGCACGAGGCCAUCGAGACGGACAUCGCGGCCUACGAAGAGCGCGUGCAGGCGGUGGUGGCCGUAGCCCGCGAGCUCGAGGCGGAGAACUACCACGACAUCAAGCGUAUCACGGCACGCAAGGACAACGUGAUCCGCCUGUGGGAGUACCUCCUGGAGCUGCUGCGUGCCCGCCGCCAGAGGCUGGAGCUGAACCUGGGCCUGCAGAAAGUUUUCCAGGAGAUGCUCUACAUCAUGGACUGGAUGGACGAGAUGAAGAUGCUGCUGCUAUCCCAGGACUAUGGGAAGCACCUGCUAGGAGUAGAGGACCUUCUACAGAAGCAUGCCCUGGUGGAGGCUGACAUUGGCAUCCAGGCUGACCGUGUGAAGAAUGUCAACGCCACCGCACAGAAGUUUGCCACUGACACGGAGGGCUACAAGCCCUGUGACCCGCAAGUGAUCCGGGACCGCGUGGCCCACAUGGAGUUCUGCUACCAGGAACUGACACAGCUGGCAGCGGAGCGGCGCGCCCGGCUGGAGGAGUCCAGACGCCUCUGGAAGUUCUUCUGGGAGAUGGCGGAGGAGGAGGGCUGGAUCCGUGAGAAAGAGCAGAUCCUUUCCUCGGAGGACUGCGGCCGGGACCUGACGGCCGUGGUGCGGCUGCUGAGCAAGCACAAGGCCUUCGAGGACGAGAUGAGCGGCCGCAGCGGUCACCUGCAGCAGACGGUCCGCGAGGGCGAGGCCAUGGUGGCCGCCAACCACUUCGGCGCCGACAAGAUCCGCGAACGCGUUGCCGACAUCCGGGAGCAGUGGGCCGCCCUGGGCCGGCUCUCGGCGGUGCGCCGGGCUCGUCUGGAAGAGGCGUUGAGCCUACACCAAUUCCAAGCCGACGCAGACGACAUCGAUGCCUGGAUGUUGGAUGUGCUGCGCAUCGUGUCCAGCGUUGAUGUUGGCCACGAUGAGUUCUCCACCCAGUCGCUGGUCAAGAAACACAAGGACGUGGCAGAAGAGAUUGCCAGCUACCGGCCUGUGAUCGACGCCCUCCACGAGCAGUCGCGUACCCUGCCCGGGGAACACUCCAGCUCCGAAGAGGUGCGCAACCGCCUCGCAGGGAUCGAGGAGCGCUACAAGGAGGUGGCGGAGCUGACGCGCCUACGCAAGCAGGCCCUGCAGGACGCCCUGGCCCUCUACAAGAUGUCCAGCGAGGCAGACGCCUGCGAGCUGUGGAUCGACGAGAAGGAGCAGUGGCUCAACAGCAUGGAGAUCCCAGAGAAACUGGAAGACCUUGAGGUCAUCCAGCACAGGUUCGAGAGUCUAGAACCCGAGAUGAACAAUCAGGCCUCGCGUGUCGCCGUGGUCAAUCAGAUUGCCAGGCAGCUGGUGCAUAGCGGACACCCUGGCGAGAAGGAGAUCAAAGCCCAGCAAGACAAGCUUAACACCAGGUGGAGCCAGUUCCGUGACCUGGUGGACCUGAAGAAGGACUCCCUGAACUCUGCCCUGGGUGUGCAGAACUACCACCUGGAGUGCAAUGAGACCAAGUCGUGGAUCCGCGAGAAGACCAAGGUGAUCGAGUCCACCCAGGAGCUGGGCAAUGACCUGGCAGGCGUCAUGGCACUCCAGCGCAAGCUGACGGGCAUGGAGCGCGACCUAGCCGCCAUCGAGGACAAGCUGGGCGACCUGCAGAAGGAGGCGGAGCGUCUGGCGGCCGAGCACCCCGACCAGGCCCAGGCCAUCAUGGGCCGCCUAGCUGAGAUCACCGGCGUGUGGGAAGAGAUGAAGGCCACGUUGAGGACCCGUGAGGAGUCGCUGGGCGAAGCCAGCAAGCUGCAGCAGUUCCUGCGCGACCUGGACGACUUCCAGUCCUGGCUUUCACGCACGCAGACGGCCAUCGCCUCGGAGGACAUGCCCAACACGCUGGCGGAGGCCGAAAAGCUGCUCACCCAGCACGAGAACAUCAAGAACGAGAUCAACAACUAUGAAGAAGACUAUCAAAAGAUGCGCGACAUGGGCGAGAUGGUGACGCAGGGCCAGACGGACGCCCAGUACAUGUUCCUGCGGCAGCGGCUGCAGGCCCUCGAUACGGGUUGGAAUGAGCUCCACAAGAUGUGGGAGAACCGGCAGAGCCUGCUGUCCCAGUCCCACGCGUACCAGCUCUUCCUGAGGGACACCAAGCAGGCCGAGGCCUUCCUCAACAACCAGGAGUAUGUGCUCGCCCACACAGAGAUGCCCACCACUCUGGAGGCUGCGGAAGCAGCCAUCAAGAAGCAGGAGGACUUCAUGACCACCAUGGACGCUAACGAGGAGAAGAUCAACGCCGUGGUGGAGACGGGACGCAGGCUGGUCAGCGACGGCAACAUCAACUCGGACCGCAUCCAGGAGAAGGUGGACUCCAUCGACGACAGACACAGGAAGAACCGCGAGGCGGCCAGCGAGCUGCUCAUGAGGCUGAAGGACAACCGGGAUCUCCAGAAGUUCCUGCAAGACUGCCAGGAGCUGUCCCUCUGGAUCAACGAGAAGAUGCUCACGGCACAGGACAUGUCCUACGACGAGGCGCGCAACCUCCACAGCAAAUGGCUAAAGCAUCAGGCCUUCAUGGCUGAACUGCAGUCCAAUAAGGAAUGGCUGGACAAGAUUGAGAAGGACGGGAAGCAGCUGGUGGCCGAGAAGCCGGAGACGGAGGAGGUGGUGAAGGAGAAGCUGUCGGCCUUGCAGAAAAUGUGGGCCGACCUGGAGUCGACGACGCAGACCAAGGCUCAGUGCCUGUUCGACGCCAACAAGGCGGAGCUCUUCACGCAGAGCUGCGCCGACCUCGACAAGUGGCUUGUGGGCUUGGAGAGCCAAAUCCAGUCCGACGACUAUGGCAAAGACCUGACCAGCGUCAACAUCCUGCUCAAGAAGCAGCAGAUGCUCGAGAACCAGGUGGAGGUGCGCCAGAAGGAGGUGGAGGAGCUACAGAGCCAGGCGCAGGCGCUCCACCAGGAGGGCAAGGACACGGACGAGGUGGACGGGCGCCGCAUUGUGGUGGAGCAAAAGUUCAAGGAGCUGCUGGACCCGCUGCGCAAGAGGAAAAACAACCUCAUGGCAUCCCGCGAGAUCCAUCAGUUCAACCGUGACGUGGAGGACGAGAUCCUCUGGGUCGAAGAGAGGAUGCCGCUUGCCACUUCCACAGACCACGGACACAACCUGCAGACCGUGCAGUUGCUCAUCAAGAAAAAUCAGACCCUCCAGAAGGAGAUCCAGGGCCACCAGCCACGCUUCAAUGAUAUCUUUGAGAGGAGCCAGAGCAUUCUGAAAGAUGACGGCUCCACGGCGCAGGCCAUCCGACAGCGCCUCGCCGAACUGCAGCAAAUGUGGGACCUGAUGAUCGAGGAGACGGGCAAGCGGCACGUCCGCCUGGAGGAGGCCCACAAAGCUCAGCAAUACUACUUCGAUGCCGCCGAGGCAGAGGCCUGGAUGAGCGAGCAAGAGCUCUAUAUGAUGUCUGAGGAAAAGGCUAAGGAUGAGCAGAGUGCAGUGGCAAUGCUAAAGAAACACCAGAUCUUGGAGCAGGCCGUUGAGGACUACGCUGAGACCGUCCACCAGCUCUCCAAGACCAGCAGGGCCCUGGUGGCUGCGGGACACCCGGAGAGCGAGCGGAUAAACAUGCGGCAGUCCCAGGUGGACAAGCUCUAUGCUGGACUGAAGGACUUGUCCGAGGAACGGCGAGGGAAGCUGGACGAAAGGUUCAGGCUCUUCCAGCUCAAUCGCGAGGUGGAUGAUUUGGAACAGUGGAUCGCCGAGCGGGAAGUGGUGGCCGGCUCCCACGAACUGGGCCAGGACUAUGAGCACGUCACGAUGCUUCAGGAACGUUUCCGGGAGUUUGCUCGGGACACGGGCAACAUUGGCCAGGAGCGUGUGGAUGCAGUCAACCAGAUGGCAGAUGAGCUUAUUAACUCGGGCCACUCGGAUGCUGCUACCAUUGCCGAGUGGAAGGACGGCCUGAACGAGGCCUGGGCCGACCUGUUGGAGCUGAUCGACACUCGCACGCAGAUCCUGGCUGCUUCCUACGAGCUGCACAAGUUCUACCAUGAUGCCAAGGAGAUCCUGGGCCGCAUUCUGGACAAGCAUAAGAAGCUACCGGAGGAGCUGGGCCGUGACCAGAACACAGUUGAGACACUACAGAGGAUGCACACUGCAUUUGAACAUGACAUCCAGGCCUUAGGAACACAGGUGAGGCAGCUGCAAGAAGAUGCCGUGCGUCUGCAGUCAGCAUAUGCUGGUGACAAGGCGGACGACAUCCAGAAGCGAGAGAACGAGGUUCUGGAGGCCUGGAAGAACCUCCUAGAGGCUUGUGAGGGACGUAGGGUCCGGUUGCUGGACACUGGAGACAAAUUCCGCUUCUUCAGUAUGGUGCGGGACCUCAUGCUCUGGAUGGAGGACGUAAUCCGCCUCAUUGACGCUCAGGAGAAGCCCAGGGACGUGUCGUCGGUGGAGCUGCUGAUGAACAAUCACCAGGGCAUCAAGGCCGAGAUCGACGCCCGAAACGACAGCUUCACCGCCUGCGUCGAACUUGGGAAAACUCUGCUGGCGAGGAAGCACUAUGCGUCAGAGGAGAUCAAAGAGAAGUUAUUACAGUUGACGGACAAGAGGAAAGACAUGAUUGACAAGUGGGAGGACAGAUGGGAAUGGCUGAGACUAGUGUUGGAGGUGCACCAGUUUUCGAGGGAUGCGGGCGUGGCCGAGGCGUGGCUGAUGGGCCAGGAACCGUACCUGUCGAGCCGAGAGCUGGGCCAGAGCGUGGACGAGGUGGAGAAGCUGAUCAAGAGGCACGAGGCGUUCGAGAAGUCGGCCGCGACGUGGGAGGAGCGCUUCUCGGCGCUCGAGCGGCUGACCACGAUGGAGUUGUUGGAAGUGAGAAGACAGCAAGAGGAAGAGGAGAGGAGGAGGCAGCCCGCAGUGACAGAGGGCGUCCCCGGCGCAGAUUCGGAUGCGACGCAGCAGAGGGAGGGCGAGCAGAUCUCCCAGAACGGGCUGCCAUCGGACCAGGAAUCCCCACGGGACGGCGUGGACGGGGGCGAUAUGGUGAACGGCGUGGCAGAGCGCAGCUCCAAGGAGCCGAGCCCCAUCCCGUCGCCUUCGGGCGAACGCAAGGCCAAGGGCGGCCAGGCUUCCACCCUGCCGGCUAAGACCCAGGACUCGCCCUCCGCGCAGCUCGAAGGGUUCCUGCACCGCAAGCACGAGUGGGAGGGCCCCAACAAGAAGGCCUCCAGCAGGUCCUGGCAUAACGUGUACUGUGUGAUAAACAAUCAGGAGAUGGGCUUUUAUAAGGACAACAAGAACGCCACCCAGGGUAUUCCGUACCACAACGAGAUCCCCAUCAGCCUGAAGGACGCCGUGUGCGAGGUGGCGCUCGACUACAAGAAGAAGAAGCACGUCUUCAAGCUGAGAAUUACGGAUGGAAACGAGUAUCUCUUCCAAGCCAAAGACGACGAGGAGAUGAACACGUGGAUCCAGGCCAUCACGAGCGCCGUGUCCUCGGGUGUGACCUCCGAUGUGACCCCCAGCAGCCAGAGCACUCCGGCAUCCAGCCGGGCUCAAACCUUGCCCGUCGGGGUCACCCUCGCCACCGAGUCCAGCCCAGGCAAGCGGGAGAAAGACAAGGAAAAGGACAAGGAGAAGCGCUUUAGUCUGUUCAGCAAGAAAAAGUAGAGCCCUCCCCCCAGUAUCCCUCCCACAUCCCCCCCCAAUACAGGGCCAUCUCUCAUUCAACCUCCAGUGAAAUUCCAGCAUGCAAGCUCAGAAUCAAUAUACCACACUCUGUGCCUACUGUUCUUCCAAUUGGGUUUAGAAGUCAAUUACACCAUUUUUGAAACUGCUAUGGACAAAAAAGAAAAAAAAAAAAAACAAUGAAAUAAAAAGGAAAAACUCAUUUAAGCUCUAGGGAGUGAGGUGUGUUUGGGCAGCUUCCGUUUCAAAUUCAAGCAGACAGGACCAGGGCUUUUCUAUUUACUUUCAUUUAAUUUUUUACAUUUUGUUUUUCUUUCACAAUUUCAUUCCUUUUGCUUUUGGUUAUUUUUUCCCCUCCAUCUGACUUUCUUUUGGCUCUUUUUUUUGUACGUGGUUUAUAGGGUCUGAAUAUUUAAACAUUUCCUCAAUUUUGUGAGGCUGUCUUGGAUAAAGGACUUACACCUUUUUGCUGUUGGAGAGCAAGACAGCGGUGCUUCGGAACAAUUCCUCUACACUCUGCAAAUAUUCCAAACUGUAAAACUGCAAUUACAAACGUUUCUUGUCUAAUUAUGUUUACUAAAGAACUUUCCAUCCGUUUUUUGGCUUCAAUAAGGUAUGUUGUCUUUUGCUUAUAUUUAGUAUAUAUAGCCAUGCAUUAAUUUGAAUACGAAACAAUAACCAGUGUCAAUGUCAGCUGUUAACUAUUUUCUGGGGCUCUUAUACAGUGAUUGUGACCAGUAAGAAUGUUGGGUAUUUACGAAGGACUAGUAUACGAAUUCAUUUAAAAUCUUAAAUCCUUUAUUUGUUUAACAUUCUUUUUUGUUUUUUCUUUUUUCCUCCAUUAUUGACUUUCGUUGUUGUUCUUGAUUUGCAAUGUAUGUUUCAAAUAAUUCUAGUACAGAGUAUAAAAAAACUAGAUGUAUUAUAAACACUCUAACGCAUCGAUGUUAAGUGGAACAGUGGAAACAGCGCAUUUACUGGAUAAAGUAAUGUUACUCCAAUGGUUGCUUGCUUAUUGGCUCUAGCACUGCGUGUUAUAAUUUUUUGCUACGAUAUCUCGCUAUUUGAUACAUAGUGUGCAUUUCUCUGUCACUGUAACUAUUGUAAUGAAAAUUUUCAUCUUACUGCACAAUCAAAAAUGGCGUAAUAGGAAUGAACUCCCUUUGCGGCGGCCGGGCAGGGCCAGGAGGAGCGUGGCGGUCGCGGGCCUUGGCUGUCAGAUGUGUGGAGCAGCACCUGUAGACUUUUACCCUCUCUGUUAAAUAUGUGCGAAGUCAUUAAAAUGCUUUUAAAAUUA